CUUCAGGCUCAUUGUCAGAACACGGAGGAAAAUGGCAACUCCAAUUCAGAUCGAUGUUAUAGGCGCGACCAUGGCAUGAGCUGAGCAUGGCAUGUGUUUUCAUUCAGCUGCGAUGACAGAGAGCGAUAUGCUUUUCAGCUUUAGACACAUCUGCAUUGCUUCUUCUCCACGGACCGACUGUGCAUCGAUGGAUGAGCAUUAAGCAUUCAGGCUGACCAUUGUGAUAUGGAAUAGUGCACGUGCAGUUUUGUAUGCACACUGAAAAAUAUUUUUAUGCACCGAUAGGUUUAAAUAUAGCGGCUCGCCUUAGUCUCUCUAUCGCUCUCUCUCUCUCUCUCUCUCUUAAAAAUAUUUUUCAAUUAUUUAUUACAUCCAUCGAUUCGUGGGAAUACCAUCGGAAAAUGAGUGAACAGAGCAUAUGUCAAGCCCGAGCCUCGGUGAUGAUCUAUGAUGACACCAGCAAAAAAUGGGUGCCAGUCAAACCGGGCCAGCAGGGUUUUAGCCGCAUCAACAUCUAUCACAACACUGCCAACAACAGCUUUCGUGUUGUGGGAGUCAAACUGCAGGACCAGCAGGUCGUUAUAAACUACUCCAUUGUGAAAGGUCUGAAAUAUAACCAGGCCACGCCAACUUUCCAUCAGUGGCGUGAUGCACGGCAAGUUUAUGGGCUGAACUUUGCCAGCAAGGAGGAGGCCACCACCUUCUCCAAUGCUAUGCUAUUUGCUCUAAAUGUGCUGAGCUCUCAGGAUGGAGCUCCAGCGCCACAUCGCCAGAAUGGGCCGGUGACAGAUGAUGCAGAGGCUCAGAGGAGGCAAAUGAUGGACAAGCAUCAGAUGCAGAUGGAGAGGGAACGGCGAACAUCUGGCUCUGCAGUCUCCACACUUCAGUUUAAAGUGUCAGCAUUUGCCUCUCCAUCUGAACCCCCUCCGCAUGACCUCAGACAAUAUUGGGCUAACACUCUUCCCCCUUCCUUUGCUCACCAUAACCCCAUGGCACUUUCCACCUACAACUCGUCCUCUUCCUCACAAGAACAGGAGAGUGGCUAUCGCACCGUGGACUCCCCACAAAAAAAGGCCCAGCAGCUUUCCCAUCUUUCCACUUCUCUGGCUUCUGCUUUCUCCCCUGUGCAUCCAGGGGUCACCACUCCACCUCGCAACAUCAAGCAAAUUCCUCUUUCUCCUCCAACCGCCCCCCAACACCAGGAGUCAGCCUUAGCUUCCAAACAUACUACUUGGUCCUCUGCCCACAUGUACUCCACAUUACCCACUGCAUCGCCCCCCAUUGUCAUGGCAGUGCCAGUCAAACCGCCCUGCCCUCAACCAGUCCUACCUGUUGCACUCCCUCUACCUCCCCUCAACAAUGGUCCUACCUUUGGCCCUAAAGCACCUACUAACACUUCCCACUUGGAAACUGUAACACACCCACAGCAGUCCUCCAAUUGUCAGCCAGAGGAGUACUACCCUUACCAGAGCCCUCCUGCCCAGGUCACCUCUGGAGCUCCACUGCAUCCACACUAUUCGAUACAAGAAUCGUCCUGCCCCCUGCCCAAUCUCAUUGGCCAGCCAGUCCAAGGCCAGGCCCACUACCCACAGCAGCUAUACCAUGCCACGCCCCCAUUUGAAACCACACCCACCUCUCACACUACUCUGUCUGAAGGGGCCACACCCAAGACGUCUCCCUCACCUGUUUAUCUGAAUGCCACAGCACCCACCAGUCCUCCCGUCCCUCCAGGUCAUCCCUCCAUGCUCUCAUCCACCCCUCCGAUUCAUCCUCUUACCUCAGUAUCAGUGGCAGUUCCACCAGCCCCUCCACCCCCUCCUGGGCCUCCACCACCCGGCCUGCCACCACCCGGCCCGCCACCACCAGGCCCGCCACCACCUUUUACAGCGCCCCCUCCCACCCCACCUCCACUGCCGGCUGGUGGAGGUGGUUCUUCUUCAGGCUUGGCAGCAGCUCUAGCUGGGGCCAAACUGCGCAGAGUGCAGCGGCCAGAGGAAAGCAGUAGCAAGAAUGAUGCCAAUCGCGCUAGUGGAGGCAGUGGAGGAGGUGGAGAAGGUCUCAUGCAGGAAAUGAAUGCCCUUUUAGCACGGAGGAGGAGAGCUUCAGAGAAGCCAGAGGACAAUCAAAAUGAAGAGUCCAAUGGUUCUCCAUCUGCCUCACGUGGAUCAGGUCCACAAAAUUCAGCAGAUCCUGUGAAAAAGCCAUGGGAGCGUGCUAACUCUGCAGACAAGUCCUCAGCUGUGUCAAAGGCAAAACCUAUUGGAAACACCAGUGAUGCCGAGUCAAUUGACUUUGACAGAAUGAAACAGGAAAUCUUAGAAGAGGUUGUGCGGGAGUUGCAGAAAGUAAAAGAAGAAAUAAUUGAUGCCAUAAGAAGGGAACUGCUAAGAAUUGGUUCUACAUAGUCUUCUAAAAUGUCGAAGACGAUGACUGAUGAUGUCUGAAGGUUCGGGGAAGUAUAAAAAAGCGCACGAGAAAAACGUUCUCACAGCAUGUCUGCAAAGUUACGGAAAAGUUAUCUGGUUGCAGAAAUGUUGUACAGAAACAAGACAUUACUGAGAAGGACAAGGGGAAGUAAAGACACAAAAGGGAGUGAGUGAUUGUGUGAAUGGAUGAGCGAAUGGAUGAGCAGAUGGAAAUAAAGACCUUCACACUGAAUUUUCUAUUUUCUCCGGUAUGAACGUUGAGACAGUCCACUGUGCAGCUUGCUGCUCUCGCUCUUUCAGUCUUAAAGUCAACAAGUUUGAAAAUUAAUGAAGAUAUUUUUGUUUUCUAAGUUUAUACUGUUCUGUUGUUUCAUUGGUUAUUGUUAUUAUUGUUAAGAAUUGUAUUAUAUUAAAUGAGAAGUUGCACAACAAGUAUUGUCAGCCUUUUUAUAUUUUAUAUUACUGUUGUUAUUUUAUAGUUUUCAAUUUCAAAGUAUCAUGCACAAUUGCGCUUAACUUCAGCAAAAUACUGCAUAGAUGAAGCAGUUUCUGAUGCGUUUUAUUUAAAAACAUUCGGCCAAUGCAGAAGUUCAUUACAUUGAACUUUUAUUUUUAACUUGAUUUGGAGGUAUGAAGUAAUGUACUAGUACAAGCUCUUUCAAUGAGCUCAAGAGAGGGAGAUGGAAGUAUAUACAUAUAUAGUAUAUCUGCACUACAGUGUGAGAUGACGAAGAUUAACUGGUUUUAAGUAUUCACUGAAUUGUUUGAACCUACGAUGUAUCCUGAUUUAAUUCGGUUUAUCCUGAUUUUAAAAGUUGAUGUUGAAAUUUGGCAGAAAUUACAUUGGAAUUAAAAAACAUGAACAUUAAAUGUCACAUGGUGUGUAAAAUUUG